AUGCCGUCUCCUCCAGAAUAUACUGCGGAUCUUUCUGCAUCAUCCCCCGAACCGAUACCCAAAUCGCAUGCCUCGUCGACUGACCCGCAAAGCGAGAUGCCAUCGAAUCAACUUCCAGUGUCUUCUUCAGUUGCCGAAGCGCAGCAAGAAGUGGCCGCCGUCCACACCCCGGCGCAGGUUGAGGGCAUGUCAUCGGUAGAGCGCACAACACUAUUCAGAGAGCUACGAAUCAUUCAAAUGGACGUAUUAACGGCCAGUGUGAACAGGAUGAAGAUACACAGCCAAUCUUCGGCCAGUCAGAUGGGAACCGACACAGCUCGACUGGGGCGCGGUGAAGAGGAACAGUUGAGCAAGCUGCAAGAAGAGGCGCGACUUAAGGCAAAAUUUGGGCAAAGACUACGAUCCACCGAUGUGGGAGGAGCAAGAGCACCCGAUGCGGAUACUGAGGCGAAUGGCGAUGUAGCAGGUGAGCACAAAGAGGGCUUUGACGAAGGCGAUGAUGGUUUGGAGGAAGCAACUUCCUGCGCAGGCAACGAGGCAACAAAUAAAGAUGCUUAG